GUUUAACAUAUUUUUUCUUUUUUUUUUUUUUAUUUAACAUUUUUUUGUCAAAUUAAUUUUGGUGAGGAGAGAAAAACUUCACCAACACAGAGCUGCCACUUGUUGUUUUGAUGGUCUGGGGUCAGUCUGUACCCUACAACGGAACGCCUUGUGGGUCUAACAGAUCACAAGAGGAAACAUGAGCACAGCCAAGCCCAGUGGGAUCAAAGGGCCCAGCAAGAUAGGAAGGCCCCCUGGGACAGUGGCCCCCAAGACCAGCACAGCGGGAGCUAAAGUUAAUGCGGCCGACAAAUCAGAUGCAAGUGCCACUGGAGGAGAUGCCGAGAGUGCCGGGGAGAGCUUCCAGAUAGGGGAGCGUGUGUGGGUGAAUGGGAAUAAAGCAGGCCACAUACAGUUUUUGGGAGAGGCACAGUUUGCCCCAGGACAGUGGGCCGGGAUUGUUCUAGAUGAGCCAAUUGGGAAGAAUGACGGGUCAGUUGCAGGUGUUCGCUAUUUCCAGUGUGAAGCCCUGCGAGGAAUAUUUACCCGCCCGUCCAAGUUGUCUCUCACAGAAGGGGAGGCUAAUGGAACGGAGACGGCACCCCCCUCCCGCGCUGCAUCACCCACUCCUUCAGUUGGCAGCGUAGCCUCGCAUACACCUGCCCCAAAGUCAACAUUACCCUCAACUACAACGGCAACCAAGAAGGCCUCCUCCACUACGCCAGCUGCACCAUCCUCCAACCUCGCACGAACAAACAGUGAAUCUAUCUCCAACCUCUCCGAGACUGGAUCAGUCAAGAAGGGGGAAAGGGAACUGAAGAUGGGCGAUCGAGUAUUGGUCGGUGGUACAAAGGCAGGAGUGGUACGUUUCCUUGGAGAAACGGAUUUUGCUAAAGGCGAGUGGUGUGGUGUGGAGUUGGAUGAGCCCUUAGGAAAGAAUGACGGGGCAGUGGCAGGCACAAGAUAUUUUCAGUGCCAGCCCAAGUAUGGCUUAUUUGCUCCGGUGCACAAAGUCACACGCAUUGGCUUCCCUUCCACCACGCCAGCCAAAGCAAAAACAACAGUUCGCAAAGUAGUGGCCACACCAUCAGGGCUGAAGAGAAGCCCGAGUGCCUCUUCCAUCAGCACCAUGAGCUCCGUGGCCUCCUCGGUCAGCGCCAAGCCCAGCCGUACAGGCCUGCUAACGGAGACGUCAUCGCGGUAUAAUCGCAAGAUUUCGGGCACCACGGCCCUGCAGGAGGCGCUGAAGGAGAAGCAGCAGCAUAUCGAGCAGCUCAUGGCUGAGCGGGACACGGAGAGAGCUGAAGUUGCUAAAGCUACUGGCCAUGUUGGAGAGAUGGAGCAAGAGAUUGGCCUGCUCAGGGAGGAACAGGAGCAGAUGGAGACCAAGAUGGAUCAGUUACGUGCCUUGGUAGAAGCUGCAGACAAAGACAAAGUGGAGAUGCUGAACCAGCUGGAGGAGGAGCGUAGGAAGGUGGAGGACCUUCAGUUUCGCGUAGAGGAAGCUUGCAUUACCAAAGGAGACCUGGAGACGCAGACCAGACUGGAGCAUGCCCACAUUAAGGAGCUUGAACAGAGCCUACUCUUUGAAAAGACCAAAGCUGAGAAACUCCAAAGAGAGUUAGAAGACACUAGGGUUGCUACUGUGUCAGAAAAGUCCCGCAUUAUGGACCUUGAGAAGGAUCUUUCUCUGCGUACAAGAGAGGUAGCUGACCUGCAGCUGCAUCUUGGGACCCAACAAGGCUCUGAGGACUCAAACUCAACGCUUUCUCCUCUUCUGGAAGAGAUAAAGUCUCUGAGGGAUAAGUUGGCUUCCCAAGAAGUUAAGCAGAAAGAAGAGCUAACAAAGUACAAGGAGAAGCUGCAUGCUCAAGAAAAGACCCACAGUGAGGCAGCUGCCCAUCUCCAGGCUACAUCUGUAAGGCUCUCUGGGGACAACGAACAGUUGCAGAUGCGCGUAAGCCAGGCUGAGAAGGAGAAUGCUGAUGUUAUUGAAGUGUGGCGUUCGAAGUUGGAAUCUGUCAUUGCCUCUCACCAGCAAGCCAUGGAGGAGCUGAAAGGGUCCUUCAGCAAAGGCGCAGGUGCCCAGACAAAAGAACUUAUCGAAACCAAAAGUGCACUAGAGAGUCUGAAAAUAGAGCACAAUUUGGCUCUAGAGGAGGCUGGAGCCAAGCAUGAGGCCAAUGCUGCAGCUUUAACUCGGGAGACGCAGGCACUGAAGGCUCAGCUGUUUUCUUUGAUUGAGGACAAGGAAGGACUGGAGGAGUCACUACGGUCCAGCGUUGAAAAAACGGAGGAGCAGCACCUUGUGGAGAUGGAGGAAGUUCUUGGAAAACUCCAUAAUGCUGAAGUUAAGGUGAAGGAGCUUGAGGAGAAAGAAGCAAUGUUGGCACAACAGGCCCAAGCCAAGGACAGAGAAACCAAAGAGCAGAUUUCAGAAAUGGUGGCUCUGCGCAGCCAAGUAGCACAAGGUAACCAGGAGCUCGUGACCCUGAAGAGUCAAUUAGAGGUGGUUCAGAGCCAAGGGAACAACCAGGUUGCCAAGGUCAGUGACUUGAGCUCACAGUUGGAGGGCCGACAGCAGGAAGUCCUCUCUUUACAGCAGAGUCUGACCACUGCGCAGCAGGAGAAGGAUGCCCUGGAACAGCAGCUUGGAGGCCUGAAACAAAAGUUGUCUGAAAGCACAGAGGAGCAGACUACAUCAUCAAACACUAUGCAAGAAACACUUGAGAAGCUCAGUAAGAAGGAAGAGCAGUGCACAUCUCUGACCACAGAAUCAGAGUCUCUAAGAAGUCAACUUGCAGGGCUCGAGAGGAAACUGAAGGCUGCCGACGAAAAGCUUGAGCAGCUCUCAAAGGACAAAUGCAGGCUAGAAAAUGAUAUUUCGGACAUGAUGAAGACAUCUGGCGAUAGUUCAGUACAGCUGACCAAAAUGAACGAUGAUCUCAUACAGAAAGAAAGGAGGCUUGAGGAGUUACAGAGUCAACUAUCGGAGGAGAAGGAGAAGGUGGCGCACUCGAAUGAACAACUCCAGCAAGAACAAUCCCGCAAAGAGCAGGAGCUGAUGGAGACCAGAGAUGCACAUCAGUCUCAGAUCAGUGGCCUCCAGGAGAAGGUUGCUAACCUGGAGAAGACUGUUAAACAGGGAGAGACCCUGGUUGAGGAGCUCAAGGCCUCACAAGAGAAAUCCGUCUCUCAGGUUUCAGAGCUUCAUGUGAGGGAACUUGAGGUUCUGCAGAGUCGGGUUGACAAGUUGAAGCAGGAGCUCUCCUCCAACAAGGACAAACACCUGGAGCUUGAGAAGUUGGUGUCUGAGCUGCAGCCGUACAAGGAACAGGCUCAGUGUCUUUCUGCUGAGCUUGACUCCAACAAGCAUGAUGUUGAACAUUUGACCAAAAAACUGGAAAAGCAGAGUCUAGAUCUGGAAAAUGCGUGUAAGGAAAGUGAAGAUGUUAAGGCUGGGAAGGGCAAACUGGAGAAACGGCUUUCAGAUAUGCAGACUAAGCUCUCUGCCCUUGAGAUUAGUCACCAGGAGCUUUCAGUCCAGAAUGAAGAACUGCUAAUAACUAGAGAUACGCUUUCAAAGAAUCUAGAGCAACUGUUUGCCAACAGCAAGUGCUCGGAUGAAGACAGGAUUUCAUUGAACAAGGAGCUGGAGAAGCUCAAAGAUCUUCUUCAAGAAGUACAGACUGAAAACCAAAACCUGAAACAUGCCAAAGGUGAACACCAGGCGCAGAUUGAGGAGCUUCAAAGACAAAAUGCAGAGAAGAGUGACUUGCUCCUUAAGUAUCAGCAGGACAUCCAGCAAACUGAGACUACAAAGAAGCAACUGCAUGAGGAUUAUGAAAAUGUCUGCAAAGAGAAGAACAGGCUUGAAGAUGACUUCAAUGAAAGCGUGUCAAAGCUCACAUGUGAGAAGGAAAAUCUCAUUUUAGAGAGAGAUUCUACUAGAAAUGCCAAAAAAUCGCUUGAUGCUAAGAAUGCCGAGUUGCAGGCAAAAUUUAAAUCCUUAAACUUAGAAAAAGAAGAUCUUACGAUGAGGAACACCCAGCUGCAGGCCCUCACAGAAACACUGACAAAAGAAAAGGUGGGGAUGUCUUCUGAAAUCAGUGCUGCUUUGUUGGAUAAAAAGAGCCUUGAGACUGUGAAGGAGGAGCUCCAGAAUAAACUCAGUGCUGCCAAGAAAGAUUUGGAGAGCUGUGUCCAUGAGUGUGAAGAACUUAAAGCCUCCAAAAUGAGCCUGGCCCAGAUGCUUGAAGAGUUCAAGACCAGCAGUCAGGUGACUGAUUCUGAGAGGCUUCACCUUCUGCAGGAGAAAGAAGACUUACUUGCACUUCAAAGAAAAGUCUGUAAUGAGAAGGAAAAGCUCUUAAGAGAGAUGGAAGAAAUAAAGGAGAAGUUUCAAGUCUCAACAGAACAAGUUUUAAAGUCCAACAGGAAACUUAAAGAGGCAUUAUCAUCUUUUGAGCAAGAGAAAGAAGCAUUUCACCUUCAGAAUUCUGAAAUUGAGAUGACUUUACAUGUUGUACGAAAGGAAAAGAUGAGCCUGGAUUCAGCACUAGAGCAGCAGAAAAUGGAUUAUGAGCGUUUGGCAGGAGAGAUGGGAGAAUUAGAAGUGAAGCACACAAAAACCAUAUCUGAGAAUAAUGCUCUUUCUCUUGAGCGCGAUAAGCUAGCUAGUGAUAUUCGAACAAAUAAGGACCAGUUGGAUAGUUUCUCAAGAGCUAGUGACAUCUUUAUUCAAGAGAAGUCUGAUUUAACCGCAAAGCUCGAGGACAGCAAACUCCAAAAAGACGAAGUGGAAGCAGAGAUGACCUCUUUGAAACGAGAGAAGGCCGACUUACAAAAUGAGCUGCAGAAGCACACCGUUGAUAUUGAUGUUCUUAAAAAGGGCAACGCUGAACUUGUUCAGGAGCACAGUAAACUAAACAUGGAUUUCGAGAAGGCUAAUUCAGAACUUGUGCAGCAGGUCGAUAACCUGGCAAAAGAGUGUCAGCGGCUGCAGUCGUUGCAGACUGCAGCUGACGACAAAGUCCAAUCCUCGCAGAAAGAGAACCACAGUCUGCUUCAGGAGAUCCAGGAGUUAAAAUGUCAGACUGAAUCGAUGUCGGGGGCCAAGAACGUUCUGGAAACCCAGUUACGGGCUGAGUCCAGUGAACGAAAUAAAGCUAUAUCUGACAAGGAUGGUCUAUCCAAACAAAUCGAGGAGCUGCAGAGAACGUUGUCCAAAGUUACGCAAGAAAAUAAAGAGACGUCUUCUAAUCUUCAGAAUGCUGACGAGCAAAAGAAGGCUUUUAUGGAGGAUUUUAAGACACAAUUGAAGCAGCGAGAGCAAGAAACUAGUCAGUUGACAGAAGAUAAAGGGCAGCUAUUAUCUAAGCUAGAAGAAAUUGGUAAACAAAUGACCUCCCUGACCACACAGAAGGAAGACCUUUUAGCUGAACAGUGUAAAUUGGAGCAGAACAUUUUGUCUCUCCACACCAGCCAAGAAAAGUGGCUCGUAGAACGGUCAAGCCUCCUUGGAGAGAUAGAAAACUUGCACACUACCCAGAAAGCACUAGAGGUCGAUGUCAAGGGCCUACAAACGGAAAGAGAACUGUUGGAAAUGCAACGCGAGAACGCUGUCGCGGAGGUUUCGGCUUCUGCCGUUGUGAAAGAAGAGAUUUCCUCCUGCGUCUCAAAUCUAACAGCCGAGAAGGGCGCCCUGCAGGUGGAGAGAGAUGAAGCCGCCCAGAAAGUCAGGCAGCUGGAGUCCCAACUAAAAAAUGCUAUUUCUAAGCAGCUUGAGGCUACAGACGCCUCUGGCAAGACUGCUGAGACCCUUGAACAGCUGACAAUGGAGAAGGCCAGUUUGAUGCAGGAGAAGAACAAAGCCCAAUCUUCACUGGAGGAACUCCUGAGCUCCAAGCAGAAGAUGGAGGCACAGCUGAAAACAUUGAAGAACAAUAUUUCCAAAUGCGAAGAGGACAUGAAUGUUUGCAAAGAGCAGCUUUCCAUAGAAACUCAGAGGACUAAGAGUCUAUGCCAUGAAGUUGAGGAGCUUAAAGUAGCAGAUUCUGUAAAGACGCAGUCCCUGCAGAUGCUGCAAGAUGAGAACAACAAGCUGACGCUGGACACUGAUAACAAUCGCAAAGCCAUGAGUGAUCUUGUGAAGCUCAAGGAUGAGCACUCAAAACUCAAAAAACAGUUGAAGCACAGCCUGCCAAAUAAUGCCUUCAGUGGGAGCACCUUGAAGGAGCAGUUUGACAAGGAGAAGGCUGUCCUCCAACAGUCCAUCCAUAAAAACAGUGCCUUAAUAUCAGAAAAGGACCAGCAGGUGGAAAACCUGAGGAGUGAGCUGGUUGGACUGCGUGGGGAAAGUGACUCGGUUAAGACACUGCAGGGUACAAUUCAGGCCUUGGAGCGGGACAAGGCUAAUCUACAGGACCGUGUUCAGAGACUGGAGAAGGACCUGGCUGCAGGGCCGGACACCUUCAACAAGUCCUCAGGUGAUCCAGUUUCGGACGAACUAAGAGAGGUUAAGGAGGCUUCUGAGAGUCAGGCAGCGAUUGAGUUCCUGAAUUCAGUCAUCAUUGACCUCCAGAGGAAAAAUGAGGAACUCAAGGAUAAAUUGGAGAAAAUGGCAGCUGCUGCUCUCAAUGGGAAUAAUCCAAGUGAGCUGGAUAACUAUGGCGGUGAAAAGGAACCCCCGAAGAAGAAGCUUCCCCCAAGGCUGUUCUGUGACAUCUGCGACUGCUUCGACCUCCAUGACACAGAGGACUGUCCCACACAAAUGCAGAUGCCUGACUCCCCCCCACACACCACCUACCACGGCAGUAAGGGUGACGAACGGCCCUACUGCAGCAUCUGUGAGAUCUUUGACCACUGGACCGAAUCCUGUACUGAUGACCAGACCUUUUAAGCCUUUUUCCACCCUUGUUCGCACAAUCGGUAUAUUUGCACAUCAUAUUAGAUUACUUUGGGAUUUUGGUUUGUACGUGUGCAUUUCGCAUGCUUGUUUUUGCCAAGCGUCUUCAUUGUCCAUACCAGUCCUUAAGCGCUCUUAUGGGAGAAUGGUCUCAGAACAUCUUCAGAGAAAAGACCAACGACAUACAGGAAAAUAAUAUAUAGCAGUUAACAAUUUAUCAUAAAUGACUUUGGAUAUCCUGGGUUUGUGUGCGUGAGGAGAUGCUGUAGGUGGAUGUAUCAUUGUGGGAGAAGCUAUGAUCGUCGGAUCAUUUAAUUUAUCAAUAUCCUAACAUUGUUUGCACAGGUUGUUGGGGAGUUACAAAGAUAAUAUAGUAUCAUGAAAAAUGUUUAUUUGAAACUGUAAAUGACUUGAUUGAAAAAAAAAAAAUAUCGGUUGCCGCAAAACUUGGUGAGCUAUAGUUUAUUUUUUUAUGCCUGGAGAUACUAUGUACGCUUUAAAGGUUUGAUAGUAUGCGUGUUAUUUUGUGAAUGGUAAUCACAGGGGAGAGAUUGUCUCACUCUUGUCUGGAGUGGAGCAGUAAGACUCACUGCUGUUUGGCUUUAAUGGGAACUUUUUUUAUGGUCUUCAUGAAGGAACAGAUGGAUGAUUGUUAAAGAAGAGGCAGUGAAACCUAAAGCACUUACUGUAACCCCUCAGUUCCAGUGAAACGGCCUUUCCAAAAAAUCAUUUCUGUAUGAAACAAUUAAAUACUUGGGUAUUUCUUUAAAAAUGUUUUGAUUAUCUGUAUUAAAAUAAAUAAAAUUUAUGUAUAAAUUAAAAAUCAAACCUCUCUGUAUUGACUGUUCAAUUGAAAGUGCAUUGCAGUCUCUGUUUAUGACUGCACGUAGUCAUCAGUUGGACUAUGCUACUAGAUUUGUACAGGUGACACGAUAGCCUCCAUGUAGCGGAAAACAUCAAAUAUUCAUCUCUACGAUAUACUCGCCAGUAAUGAGGGAAUGCAGGGAGGAACAUGAGAAAAAAUGUGUGUAUUUUAUUUUUCUGGUGAGUUUGUAACACUUGUUAGACUUGAGAUGAAGCUACACCAAUAAACCAGCCUGGCCAGGACUAGAUGGAGGAAUAUGGUUCCUGGUGUACAGUGGGUCAAACUGAAAAAGGAAGUAAACCUGGUGUAGCUGCUCAUCUGGCUUUAAGACAAAACUGGCUAUUUGCUCAAGGAGUUAUGUUGUGGGAGCAGAAGUUGAUGAGCUUCAGAUGCAGACUGCCAUUUCUCCAGCUCCACGUUGACCUCCACAGUCACCGGUUCCAGUUGGACGGACACGGAGUUCUCUGUGUGGACGUCCAUCUUGCAUUCCUGCCCUCCUUUUACUUUGCCUACAUAAGACGAGAUCAAAUAGUGUUCAUGAUUUUAAGCAGACAUUACAUUAG